AUUGAUCAGUUAGUGGUUUGAUUGUAUUUGCCGAUAUUGUAUAAAACAUAAGAUUUCCAACAUGAAAGUAUUCCUAUUUUCAGUUUUCAUUAUUUUUGGGCCCUUCUUUGUUUUGGGUGCUGGCCGAUAUGCGAAGAAACAUGAUACAGGUCUUGGAGGAAUUCAAACGAAAUGCGAUUCUAGCAACUGUAAUGGCGGCUGUCAUUGCGUUGGAUCAUCCUGCGUGUGCCAUGAUCUAGAAACAGAAGCCAGAUGCGAUUCCAGCAACUGCAAUGGGGACUGUUACUGCUUGGGUUCAUCUUGCAUCUGCCCUGAUUCACCGGAAGGAAAAAAAUGCGAUUCCAGUAAUUGCAAUGGCGGCUGUCAUUGUGUUGGAUCAUCCUGCGUGUGUCAUGAUCUAGAAACAGAAGCCAGAUGCGAUUCCAGCAACUGCAAUGGAGACUGUUACUGCUUGGGUUCAUCUUGCAUCUGCCCUGAUUCAUCGGUAGAAAGAAGAUGCGAUUCGAGUAAUUGCAAAGAUGGCUGCCAUUGCGUUGGGUCUUCUUGCGUGUGUCAUGAUCUAAAAACGGAAGCCAGAUGCGAUUCCAGUAACUGCAAUGGAAAAUGUUACUGCUUGGGUUCAUCUUGUAUCUGCCCUGAUUUUCAGGUGGACAAAAAAUGCGAUUCCAGUAACUGUAAUGGAAGAUGUUAUUGUCUUGGAUCAUCUUGCGUUUGUCCUGAUCUAAAGAAGGAAGAUACUCCAUAAAUAUAACCAUUAUCAAUAUAUGACUUAUAUAACCAUUGUUGACAUUAUUGUUCAGAAUUAUCAAUAUCACAUAAAGUGUUUGAAUAAAGUAAUUAAACUGU